CUCUCUCUCCCUCUGUCUUUCUCUGUGUGUGUCUUUCUCUCCCUCUCUUUCUCUCUGGUGAUACACUGCAAUGUCUGCAGACAGACAGACGGACGAACAGGAGACAGAGACGGAAGGAGACAAGUGAAAGCAAGACAAGGCCCAGCCCUUCUUCCCAUUGAUCUUCAGGCGAUCAAGGAGAAGACUCAAGGAUGUCUUUCAUCAAAUCAAGUCAGGAGUUUGGAGUUUGAUGUCCCAGAUGAGGCAACAAUAUCCAGAGAGACUUGCCCAGCCGAGAUUGGAUCCCAGUGACCUGUCCCAUUACAGAAAACCAACCUGAGAGACGCUACAGACCUGCUGCAGAGUUUUUAAAGUUCCGGAUGGUUUGGAAAAUGACUGGCUGGCAGGAUUCAUUUACCGUAGCCAUCAUGUGAUCCACUCUUCGAGCCGGAUACGUGCCGAGAAGAAUUUGAGGAGGUGAUGGUACCUUUAGUGGUGUCGUCUGGGAUUUUUAUCUGGAUGUUCCACAGGCUCAUCUAUCGGGAUGACAAUUGUUUUUAAUUCCUUUGCCUCUGAUUUUGGCUUUGGGGUAAAAAGCCCACAUUUUUUUCACCUUGGAGCCUCUGAGGGGUAGAUAGAUGCCCCUUUACUGUUUUACAGCAGAAACACGCCUGAUUUGAUCCCUCUAAAGAGUUGGGCUGUGGAGACAGUCCAGGCGCUGCUGUUAGCUGGGCUGACUCAGCUCCAAUGGGGGCCGGUUUUGACCCGGUCUGACCCCGGUUCGAGCUUUGCGGUGACCUCUGAUCUCUCCGGUCCUGGCUCUCCACCUGCUCUGCUGCCUGGGUUCCGGAACGCUCCGCCCUGGAGCCCAGAACGAGCCAAUCAGAAUGAAGAAGAGCCGCAGCGUGCUGUCGGUGACUGGAGAAGAGGGGAAUGAAUUAGACGUAGCAGAUGCUGUGGAGAAGGCGGAGUCGUCUCGCUACAGCCGAUCCUACACGUCUGGGGCCACGCUGGGGGCCGAGCUGCGCAGAGGACGGACCAGAAGACUGUCUCCCAGUCUCCAGGUACCCUGCUGGCUCCGCCCUCGAGAUCGCACCCGUUCCCCCGACAUCCUGAGCAAUAUGUCACGUCCCACAACGCUUCCUCUCCGCAUUCCUCCUCGCAUCUCCAUCACACAAGCGGAUACAGACAGUAACGAAGCAGAGAAUGGAGUAUCUCCCGCUCACACUCCUCUGGGCUCCCAGAGUCCAAGCCGCACAUUGAACACCUCACUGCCUCAGGGCCAGAGAAGAGAGUCCUUCCUCUACAGAUCUGACUCAGACUACGACAUGUCCCCCAAGGCCGUCUCCCGUAAUUCUUCCCUUGCCAGUGAAGGGCACACAGCAGAAGACUUCAUUGUCACACCUUUUGCUCAAGUACUGGCCAGUCUGCGAUCAGUACGGAGCAACUUCACCAUUCUUGCCAAUGUCUCCACACCGUUAGUCAAGAGGUCUCCGUUAGGUGGAGUGUGUGUCAGCCCCAGGGGGACACUCUCGGACCAGCAGUACCAGCAGCUGGCCCUGGACACACUGGAGGAGCUGGACUGGUGCUUGGACCAGCUAGAGACCAUUCAGACGCACCGCUCCGUCAGCGAAAUGGCUUCCAACAAGUUUAAGAGGAUGCUGAACAGGGAACUGUCUCACUUGUCAGAGAUGAGUCGCUCUGGGAACCAGGUGUCAGAAUACAUCUCCAGCACUUUUCUGGACAAGCAGAACGAGGUGGAAAUCCCGUCUCCGACGCUCAAAGACAAACCAAUGAGUCACAUCAGUGGAGUGAGGAAACUGUCUCACAGCUCCAGCCUCUCCAGCGCCUCCAUGCCUCGCUUUGGGGUCAACACAGACCACGAGGACGAGCUCGCCAAGGAACUGGAGGAUCUAAACAAGUGGAGUUUUAACAUAUUCAAAGUAGCAGAGUUCUCCAAUAACAGGCCGCUCAGCUGCAUCAUGUACGCCAUCUUUCAGGAACGUGAGCUCCUGAAGACAUUUCGAAUGCCCGUUGACACUUUUGUCACUUACGUGAUGACCCUAGAGGACCAUUACCAUGGAAACGUAGCUUACCACAACAGCCUCCAUGCUGCAGAUGUCGCCCAGUCCACACAUGUGCUCCUCUCCACGCCUGCUCUGGAUGCCGUCUUCACCGACCUGGAGAUCCUCGCCGCUCUGUUUGCUGCAGCUAUCCACGAUGUAGACCACCCCGGAGUUUCCAACCAGUUCCUCAUCAACACCAGUGAGCGCACCACAGCACGUGCAUCAAUAAGUGCCUCAAUAAGUGCCUCAUAUUUUGUCCCGUUGCCGUUCACGUCCCCCUCCCCCUCCUCUUCUGAAUCAGACUCAGAGUUGGCGCUGAUGUACAACGACGAGUCGGUCCUGGAGAACCACCACCUGGCUGUGGGCUUCAAGCUCCUGCAUCUGGAGAACUGCGACAUUUUCCAGAACCUCACCAAGAGGCAGCGGCAGAGCCUGCGCAAACUCGUCAUCGAUAUGGUGUUGGCCACAGACAUGUCUAAACACAUGACUCUGCUGGCUGAUCUGAAGACCAUGGUGGAAACCAAGAAGGUGACGAGUUCAGGUGUUUUGCUGCUAGAUCACUACACAGAGAGGAUACAGGUGCUGAAGAACAUGGUCCACUGUGCCGACCUGAGCAACCCAACAAAACCGCUACCGUUAUACAGGCAGUGGACGGAGAGGAUUAUGGAGGAGUUCUUCCGACAGGGCGACAAAGAACGAGAGAGGGGGAUGGAGAUCAGCGCCAUGUGCGACAAACACACUGCCUCUGUGGAGAAGAGUCAGGUUGGCUUCAUUGACUACAUUGUUCACCCUCUGUGGGAGACUUGGGCCGACCUGGUGCACCCGGACGCCCAGGAGAUCCUGGACACCUUAGAGGAGAACAGAGACUGGUACCUCAACACCAUGCCCCAGUCGCCUUCACCUCCCCCUGACAGACAUCUCCAGCAUGACCGCUUCCAGUUUGAACUCACACUCGAGGAGCUGGAGCACAACAAUCACAACAACAUGUACCUAAGGAGCGGCAGGAACAGCCAGAAAGCCACGUGUGAUGACAGCGACAUGGAGAGAACGCAAGAAGACACUGAAGAGGAGGAUCAGAAGCAGGCUGAUGCUGACGAAGAGGAUGAGGAGAGCCACAAUGGCGAACAGAACGGAAUACAGGAGGAAGAGGAGGAACGCACUGACGGAAAUGAAGGGGAGGAAGCCGAAGAGGAGCUAGAAGAAGUUCAAGAGGAGCAAGGAUGGGAAGAAGUCAACGGUGAACAAGAUGAAGAAAUAAAAGAAGAGGAUGAGAAAGACGAGGAUGAUGAGGAAGAGGUGACCAAGGAUGAGGUUGAAGUUGAGGAAGCCGAAGUAGAUGAAAACCAAGAGGAGGAAGAGAAUGCAGAAGUAGAGGAGGAGAUAGAGGAGAAUGAAGCUGAAGGCAGCACAGAAGACGGUAAAGAGGACGGGACAGAAAUGGACAGUAAAGACGAGGAGGCAGAGGACAAUGCAGAAGAGGAAGAAGAAGCACCUCAGGAGGGUGAGGAAGAUGAUGAACAAAAGGAAGAGGAGAGUUAGCCGAAGAAAGUAUAAAUGAGGAAAACUGCCAAAGGGGAGAUAAUCAGGAUCCCAGAGCGACCGCGAAAAAGAGCCGAAACGUGUCCGUCUUUCCAGAGAACGCGCUCUAACCGCUUUACUUUCUGAAAGUCAGAUUGGACUUUUCUUUAGAGCAAUAUUUUACACCACCGGUGAAGCGUCAGAGACGAGGAAACUCUUUGGAUUUUUCUAAACAGCCUAGUCAUUGCAGGAAGCGGAUCAUCAGGUAGUGGCAGAAACUGGGGUCUUCCAAUCCUGUCGGUGCAUCUAUUACUGCCGUUUGGGAUAAAUGGGGACUUAUUAGUAACAAGACUGAGGGUUAGGGGUUGGGGGAGGUUUAAUCAACCGUUUUGUAGCUCUUGGGAAUAAAUUAAAGGAAAAAAAUAUAUGCUGAAAUAAUGUACAUGCAAAUAAGCGUGUGCCUGUUUCUCGGUUGUUAUAGACUGUCACGCGUUGUUUCUUGGUCACCGUCUAAUGUCUUAUUGAUGAGGACCAUAACACACACACAUACACACAUAGACCAUAAUAACUCAAAAGCAAAUCUUAAAAUUACAAUGCCAUAUUAGGGCCAUUGUAGAUCUAAUACGCCGUUGUGUAAAAUAAAUUCAGAAAAGAGAUUUAAAAAACGCCACCAGGAAGGUGUAACUUGCCAUCUUUUAUUGAAUAUGAACCCGUUUUCCAACCUGUGAGCAGAUUGUUUCACACACAGAAUCAGCCAGAGCUCCUCACUUCCAGCAACGAAGCUGGUUUUCUGACCCCAGACUGUUCUUGUCACAGUGGAAAACCUACGAGGCUGGUGUGUUGUAUGUCGUCGAUGUUCAGUCGUGUGGAGAUUACAACUAAAUAAUCGCACCGAGUGUUUAUGCCAUUGUGACAUUGUCACCUGAGUUGUGCCAAAACGUCCCACAACCAGCACUGAGCAACGCAGCCUCUGGAGAGGGCGGCUACUGAUCACGAAGCAAUGAAUCCGUGGGACCAGGCCAACAGGUGUGAUGGUCUUCCACAAAUGUAUGUUUUUGUUUUUUGUAAAAAAAAAAAAAAAAAA